AUGAAGAUCAAGAAGAGUAUCGUGAGCGCUCCUCCGGCGCCGCCGGCUGAGAUCGCCUCCCACCCCAUCCAUCCUGAGCACAAGCUGCUGCUUGUCACCACCGAUGACGUGGAGUUCAGGUGCGACGGCUGCAAGGAGAGGUGGGCCGGCGGGAGGUACACCUGCGAGCACUACGGCGAGCAGCAGCAGCACCGCGACUGCGGCUUCGACCUCCACAUCGGCUGCGCGCUCGCGCCGGACGUGCUGGAGAUCCCUCUGUUGUUCGAGGGGUGCGCGUUCGUGCUCCUCCACGAGCCCCCGCCUCCCGACCCCGCUGACCACAGGGUCUGCGACGCGUGCGGCGAGAAGGUGCUCGGCCUCGUGUACCACUGCUUCGACCGCGACCUCGACCUCCACCCGUCCUGCGCGCGCCUGCCUCAGAGCGUCGACCUCGACGGCCUCACCUUCGAGCUCUGCCGCGACCACGUGCCGAGCCGGAGCUGCGUCCUCUGCAAGGGGCGCCGCUGCCGGCGCAAGUUCUUGUCGUAUCGCUCUGAGUGGGACGGCGAGGCCGUUUACCUGCACGUGGCCUGCGUGAAGGAGAUGGCUUACGAGAGCCUCAAGUCCGGCCACGGCAGCCAUGAGGGCGGCGGGAAGAUGGUCGUGCAAGCGAAUAAAGCCCCGUCUUUGAAGGUGGCGCUGGCGCUGAAGAAGGCUCAGACUAGCACCAAGCGCUUCAAACGUUUCCUUAAGAUUGUCGGAUUCUUCGCUCGCGUCGUCAUCGGCGUGAUCUUUGGGGACCCGACGGCGAUGAUCGCUGCGGUUGUGGAGGUUGUCUUCUCCGGCGGCGGCGGAUAG